AUGUUGCUCACUCCCUCCGAACAGGCCGAAGACAAGUCCAGCAACCCCAUGCGGGAGUUGCGCAUCCAGAAACUCGUCCUCAACAUCUCCGUCGGCGAAUCUGGUGACAGAUUGACCAGAGCUGCCAAAGUGCUUGAGCAGCUGAGCGGUCAAACCCCCGUCUACAGCAAGGCACGAUACACCGUCCGUACCUUCGGCAUCCGGAGAAACGAGAAGAUUGCCGUGCACGUCACCGUCCGUGGACCCAAGGCUGAGGAGAUCCUCGAGCGUGGCCUCAAAGUCAAGGAAUAUGAGUUGAGGAAGCGCAACUUCUCCGAGACCGGCAACUUCGGCUUCGGCAUCAGCGAACACAUCGAUCUGGGCAUCAAGUAUGACCCGUCCAUCGGUAUCUACGGCAUGGAUUUCUUCUGCUGCAUGACCCGACCUGGCGAACGUGUUGCCAAGCGACGCCGCUGCAAGUCCCGAAUCGGAUCCAACCACCGCGUUGCCCGCACCGACACCGUCAAGUGGUUCAAGAACCGAUUCGAAGCCAUUGUCCGAUGA